GAGACAGAGGUGUGACUUGUUGACUGAGCUGUCGAUGGAGGAGCAGCUCUGACAUAAGUUGAUCGAUUACAGAAGAUUCAUAGAGUGAUUGGAAGAUUUAUCAGGUAUUUUAAAUUUUUGAUUGGAAACCUGACAGCAAAACUGAAGACUGAUCUACUGACUGGACAUCGGGUUGGUCAGAGGACAGGACACCUUGCUAACUGAUUUGGAGUCAGAUUUCAAGACUGUUCAAAUGGAAGUCUGAUUGAUCAGCUUUACACCAGAUUAACUGAUUGGUGGCCUGACUGAGAAGACUUCCUGCUUUGAUUCCCUUCUUGACUGAUUGGGAAUCCUGGGAAUCCUGACACCUGAUUGGAAUCCCAUCGAUUCACAGAUAAGAGGCACUGUUGGAGUUUUUGUUGUUGGCCUCAGGAUGAGCGGAGCCGGAGAUGUGGUGUGUGAAGGUUGGCUACGAAAAUCACCACCUGAGAAAAAGCUUCGGCGUUAUGCUUGGAAGAGACGGUGGUUUGUGCUGCGAAGUGGUCGGCUGACCGGGGAGCCCGACAUCCUGCAGUACUACAAGAACCAGCAGUCCCGCCGGCCGAUCGGCACCAUCAACCUGAACCUCUGUGAACAGGUGGAUGCCGGCCUGUCAUUCACAAAGAAGGAGCUGGAGACCAGCUUCGUUUUUGACCUGAGGACCGAGGAGAGGACCUGGUACCUGGUGGCUGAGUCUGAAGAGGACAUGAACCGCUGGGUGACGGCCAUCUGCCUGCUCUGUGGCUUCAACCCGACUGAUGAUGAGAGACCUCCUGCCUCAGGCUCGUCCUCCAUCACCACGAUGACCCCGACCAGUGGUACUGCCACCAUCACCAUGGUGGCGCGGUCUGUACCGCCCCCCUACGACCCAGUGAGCGUGCGACACCUGGAGCCUGAUGGUAGCGCGGAGCAGGAAUACCUGUGGUUGUCGCACUGCCAGAGUCACAUCAGGCCUCCUCUAGGUUCCUCCACCUCUCUUGAAAAUGACUGCAAUGACAGCCUCUACCCUGCCUCCUCCUCUUCCUCCUCUUCCUCUCCUUCCCCCUUUCCCAACAGCCUGCCAACUCCAUCUUCCUCCUCUUCCUCCAGCUUAAGGGCAGCCCCUUGGAAUGUUGCUGCUAUGACAGGCCCUCUCAGCCAGUCUCUGGAUGCCAGUAUGACCUCUGACCUCCAGAAAGGCAGGCCUCGCUGUCACCCCUCUCCCCAUCCCAGGAAGCACUCUCUAGAUUUUCACCUGAGUCCUGUGGCGAUACCUCUUGGUGAUGACACACACUCUGAUGUGCAGCCAAGUUCACACUCCUACCCCACCAGUGGCUACCAGAUCCCCCGUCCAGCAUCCACCCCUCAGUCACGGCCCCCUCGCCGCCCGUCUUCGACCCCCAGCAUGGACUCCCUAACCCAGGCAGAGCUCCAUGCCUCCACCCCGACUCCUCCCCCACGGCCGCCAAAACCCCUGGCCGUCGCAACCCAGGGAGAAGGCCCAGCUGUUGGCUCAGGACCUGGCGCGCUGCCCCAGUCCACCUCAGAGCCAGAGAGGAGGGAUGGAUGUGUGGAGGGGGGAGGAGGUGGAGGUCUGCUGAGGGGCAACGCUGUCACUAUGCCGGGACACACAGAGACAGGUUGCCACUUUUUUUACAUUCCUCGGUCUUUGUCUGACAGAACGAGUGUGUUUGAGUUCAGCGAGAGCUUCAACAGUUACUUUUUUAAUAAAGGCAUGGUACCACUGGGUAUUGUUUGCUCUGAAGACGACAAUGUGGAUGAAAACUACGUCCCGAUGAACGCCGCCACCACUGAGUUUCCUGUUGCAUCAAGGGUACCUCCACCUCCUCUCUCUGACCCUUCUGUCCAACUCCAAGAUGGAAACUAUCCAGUUGUCCCUCUCCCCCCACCACUCCAAAGGAAUAUUACAAACACUGCAGGUGGAGCAGAGGUCGAACCAGUGCCGCCUCCAAUCCACCGUAACCUGAAACCACAUCGCAGAG